AUGAUGGACACAGCUGGAGCAGCCAUGGAAAUCCCCCACCAUGACGCACCGGUCUCGCUGAAGAAAAGCCGCACCGCGGCGUUGGAGGCGGUUGAAGACAUUGUCUACGGAUCGGUCGCCGGUGUUGUCGGCAAAUACAUCGAAUACCCUUUCGACACGGUCAAAGUCCGACUUCAAUCCCAGCCCGACAACCAGCCCCUCCGCUACAAGGGCCCGCUUGACUGCUUCCGCCAAUCGAUCAAGGCGGAGGGCGUCCUCGGGCUCUACCGCGGCAUCAGCGCCCCGCUCGUCGGCGCCGCCCUCGAGAACAGCAGCUUGUUCUUCUUCGAACGCAUCGGUCGCUCCGUCGUAUACUCCUCCGGCAUCGUCUCGAAGGGCCAGGACCUCUCGCUCGGCGCGCUGUGGUUCACCGGCGCCUUCUCCGGCUUCUUCACGUCGUACGUCCUGACGCCCGUCGAGCUCGUCAAGUGCAAGAUCCAGGCCCCCGCGAGGGCGGACGGCUCUGCGCCGCCGCAGCUGCGCCCGCUCGCCGUCAUCCGCGACAUCUACAGACACAACGGCCUUAGAGGCUUCUGGGUCGGCCAGACGGGCACGCUGAUCCGCGAGUCAGGCGGGUGCGCCGCGUGGUUUGGCAGCAAGGAGACGGUGACCAGGUUGUUCUACCACCUCAACAGCCGGGCCGCCAAGAGCAAGUCGGAGAAGGAAGCCCUCGCGGCGAAGCCGCUGCCGCUGUGGCAGCAGGCGCUGGCGGGCGCUUCGGGUGGUGUGUCGUAUAACUUCCUCUUCUUCCCCGCCGACACCAUCAAGUCGCGCAUGCAGACGGCGGCCAUCGGCGAUGCGACGCGGAACCGCACGUUCUUGCAAGAAGGCGUGGCGGUGUGGCAGCAUUACGGUCUGAGGGGCUUGUACAGAGGCUGCGGCAUCACCUGCUUGCGGUCUGCUCCCAGCUCGGCCUUCAUUUUCAUGGUUUUUGACGGCCUCAAGCAACGAUUCCCUUUGCAGUAG